AUGUCAAGAGCGUUGGGAAAUUUGGAAGAAAAUACGAAGUUGUUGGCGAGUUGCGCCGCCGAGGUAUCGCGGGGUCUGGCGGUCAUCGGGAACGAUACCUUGCCCAAUCGGCACCGUAAAUUGGAUACGGUGUUUUCCGAGAUUCAAGAGGUCAUUAUGGCCUGGUCCGAGCAGGAAAGCCAGGUCGACUUGUGUAAAAUGAGAAAGUAUGAAGCACUUAUCGCGGUGCAAACAAUUACUUGCACCAACGAGGAGUUGAUAUGGAAGCUAGAGUCGCAAACAAGGGAGGAGCGGCGAGAGGCUCUUAGAUCGCAGGGUUAUUGGAUUGCAGAUUCAGACCCUUACGAUCCCUUGGAGGAGAGCAAGCAGUUUAUGUCAAGAGCGUUGGGAAAUUUGGAAGAAAAUACGAAGUUGUUGGCGAGUUGCGCCGCCGAGGUAUCGCGGGGUCUGGCGGUCAUCGGGAACGAUACCUUGCCCAAUCGGCACCGUAAAUUGGAUACGGUGUUUUCCGAGAUUCAAGAGGUCAUUAUGGCCUGGUCCGAGCAGGAAAGCCAGGUCGACUUGUGUAAAAUGAGAAAGUAUGAAGCACUUAUCGCGGUGGAAGACCCGCGACGUAAUAUGGCUGAGAAAGACCGAAAGCGGGUGGAGGAGGAAGAGGACGGGAAAAUGGCGAUGUUCGAAUUGGAAGUUGAGGAAAAGGCACGGGCUACAUACCUGGGGGCGCUGGAACUUAGGUCUAUAAUUCUUUCUUCGUACGGCGUCCACCGCUAG